UAACCAAUUUUACUAACAAAUGGUAGCGGCGUUUUCACAUGCACUAAAAUUCUCUGUACAUCGUGCAGUUUUAAAGGAAACGAAACCGAAACUUAGUCUACAGCAAAGCCCUCAUUUCAGGAUAAACUCGCAGCGGUGCAGUAGCUGGAACAUUAUUCAGAAAUGUCUCCAUCUGGUUCCUCAAAGAGGGGGAAAACAACCAGUGGUCUAAACCGACACUACGAAGAAAGGGUGCGACCAUGCAUUGACCUAGUGGACUCUCUCAGGUCCUUAGGUGUUGAAAAAGACCUGAACCUGCCAGCUAUUGCUGUCAUAGGUGACCAGAGCUCAGGGAAGAGUUCAGUGUUGGAAGCCCUGUCUGGAGUGGCCCUUCCUAGAGGAACAGGUAUUGUAACACGAUGUCCUCUAGUGUUGAAACUGAUGAGGGUUUCAAAGGAUGCAACUUGGCGAGGACUGUUGUCAUAUAAGGACCAAAUAAAGAAUCUAAAAGCCCCAGCAGAUGUCGAGAAUGCCGUCUUAAAUGCUCAGAUAGUUUUGGCUGGAACAGGUGAAGGGAUCAGUCAUGAGAUGAUCACUCUGGAGGUCCAGUCCAGUGAUGUUCCUGACCUCACACUCAUCGACCUGCCAGGCAUUGCUAGAGUUGCCACUGGAAACCAGCCAAAAGACAUAGAGAAACAAAUAAAAGAUCUCAUUGAAAAGUUCAUUAAAAGACAAGAGACCAUCAGCUUGGUUGUGGUGCCUGCAAACAUUGACAUCGCUACCACUGAGGCUCUGCAGAUGGCCUUCAGAGUUGAUUCAACGGGACAAAGGACCCUGGGUAUUCUGACUAAGCCAGACUUAGUGGACAAAGGCAUGGAGGAGCUGGUGGUCAGAACGGUCAAUAAUGAAGUAAUACAACUGAAGAAGGGUUACAUGAUUGUGAAGUGCCGAGGCCAGCAAGACAUCAACGAGAAGCUCGAUCUGAUCAAAGCUCUAGAAAAAGAGAGACAUUUUUUUGACAAACAUUCUCAUUUUAGGUCUCUUCUUGAGGAUGGAAAAGCUACAAUACCCCUUCUUGCAGAAAGACUCACAAAAGAGUUGGUUCAACACAUUACUAAAACGCUGCCGCAGUUACAGAAUCAACUGGAAGUGAAACUAGAGAAGACAUCUGAGGAACUUAAAUUACUGGGAGAUGGUGUUCCUUUAGAUGAAAAUGAGAAGAGCAAUUUUCUGAUUACGAAAAUUCGUCAGUUCAAUGAUGCAAUUGAUGGAGUAAAGAAGGCAGAGGAAGAUCUAAAAAACACAGAUGUGAGGGUCUUCACUAAAAGCAGGCAGAAAUUUGGAAAAUGGAAACAAAUCCUAGAUGACAAAACCAUUAAGACGGAGGAAACUCUCAGAGAUGAAGUAACAGAGUAUGUUAAGAAUCGUAGAGGAAAGGAACUUCCUGGAUUUGUGAGCUAUAAAACAUUCGAGAAUAUUGUCAAGAAAUACAUUGAGGAGCUUGAGGAGCCUGCUGUAAAGCUCCUAAAAGACAUCACUGACAUCAUUCACACCUGUGUGGACCACACCGUUAAUUCUCAUUUCAAUGCCUUCUCUAACCUGUUGAGGGCUGCAAAAGAUCCAAUUGAAGAUUUUCUUGAAGAGCAGUUUCAGAAAUCUGAAGAAAAAAUCCGUUCUCAAUUCAAAAUGGAGAAGAUUGUUUACUCUCAAGAUGUUCUCUACAGUCACCAGCUGGAUGAUGUAAAACAAAAAAUCUUUCCACCAAAGGUUUGGCCAUCAUAUUCAAGUGUUAGUGCAGAUGUACGUGAGAUGGGACAGCAUCUCACUGCGUAUUUCAAGAUUACCUGUGACCGUCUGGCUAACCAAAUUCCACUGAUAAUCCAGUACCACAUGCUGGACCAGUACCUUUCUCAGCUUCAGAAUGCAAUGCUCGCCAUAAUUGGGAGGAACAAUCCAAGAGUCCUGCUCCAAGAAGAUUCUGGUGUUGCACGUAAAAGGAAAGAACUAAAAGAGCGAUUGGAGCGCCUGAGGAACGCAGGCAAAGUCCUGUCCAAAUUUGUGCAUUCUGCAUAAUUGUGCUCUGUUGCUGUUCCAGCCCGAGAAGCCUCCGAGUCAAUUUGCUCAAAAUUGUAAGGAAUGUCAGAGUGCGUGGAAACUCCUCAUUUAUAGUUUAUCUGUUAACAUGAAAAACUUUUUUUUCAAUAGCCUACCGCCUACCUGUUACUGGUCUUUUUUUAGAUAACAAAAAUAGUAAAGCAACCUGAAAUGGAAUUGUCUUAUCAUGGUGAAAGAUGAUGAGCCAUUGUCCUUUCAACAGCAAAUACGAAAAUUAAAGAAAUUAACUAAUUGUGUAUUUCAAAUACUAUUCUAAUUACUUGGUAAGGUUUUGUUUUAUGUUGAUCAUUUCUAAUUUGAUUCUCCAAUAAUCUUACCAAGGCUUUCAUUUUACAUUUUUUUUACAUUUCUAUUACAGAAUUACAGAAUUUCAGUUAAUAUAAUGUGAUUUAUUAUAUCUAUAACCUGCAUUAUCAAAUAAAUCAUUUACACUGAAAAAUACAACUGCAUUGUCAUUUCAGGCAGGUCUUUCUUAUAAGAAUUGUAACCCAAACUAUUGCAUGUUUGUGAAAGAAAAACUAUAAAACUAUAGUGUUUUAGGCAAAAUGUUUGUGAAAUAUAUUGUAGAGGAGGUCACAACAUUGAUCUCAUUUUAUAAUUUAGCUGCUUUUAUGCCUUUUUGGAAUGUUGUUGCUGUUGUAUUCAAACAUAUUUUAUAUAUAUAUAUGUGUAUAUUUUCCAUUACCCACUUGUCAAAUUCAUCCAUUGCCUUCAGCUUCUUGCAGAAAGACUCACAGAAGAAUUGGUUCAGCACAUUACUGUAUGUGGGCUGAUCCGAGUUGCUUGGUUAUGGUUUUUAGUGUUCUGGUUUUGAUUUUGAAUAUUUUUGAAUAUUUAUGUACACACUAUAUGUAUGUUUAAAUAAAUACUGAAUUUCUUUCUAAAAAGAUUGAAUCAGUCCAAACAAAAAACAAAUGAAAUGUAUAAUGGUGUGUUUUACCUUUUAUGAUUGAAUGCUCUGUUUUAUUUAUAGACAUUGUUCAUUGCUGUGUAAAACGCAAUGUUGGCUUUCAUUUCAAGGCCUUCUCUCACCUGUUGAGGGCUGCUGUUGGUCUGCAUCUGUCUAUGCAGUUUUAAUUGGAUGCAAUUUGUAUGCAUUUGUAGAUUACCUCUGUCCGACUGGCUAACCAAAUUCCAUUGAUAGUUCAGUACCAAAUGCUGGACCAGUGCAUCUCUCAGCUUCAGAAUGCUAUGCUGGCCAUAACUGGAAGGAACGAUCCAGGAAUACCGCUCCAAGAAGAUUGAGCUGUUGCGCUUAAAAAGAAAGAACUGAAAGAAAGACUGGGACGUCUGAGGAGCGCAGGAAAGGUCCUGUCCCAAGUUUGUGCAUUCUGCAUAAGCGUUGAGAUUAUGAUGUUGGUUUGUGUAUGUUGCUUAGCUCAGAAUUGCAACAGGGUGUCAAAUUUUGGCCGGUUUAAGAAGAAGUUAAGCCAGUUUUUGUGUAAAUUUCAAAUGAACUGUAAUGUCCUGGAAACUGCAAAAAAAAAAAAAAAUAUAUAUAUAUAUAUAUAUAUAUAUAUAUAUAUAUAUAUAUAUAUAUAUAU